UGCUGGCCGGUCCAGGGCAACCUCCAGGCGUCCAUGGAAGCGGAGGGUGGGGAGCCCAGGCCGGGGGCUGCCUCCCCGCUCUGGUGCUGCCGGUAGGGACCGGGGGGUGGCCCGGGCUGGGGCCCCGUGGCAGGUGCAGUCAGUGUGUCCCCUUAUGAAUGGACAUGGCAGGACCCGCUAUACGCAUUGGGGAUCAGCUCAUCCUAGAAGAAGAUUAUGAUGAAACAUACAUACCCAGUGAGCAAGAAAUUCAGGAGUUUGCCAGGGAGAUAGGGAUUGACCCUGAGAACGAGCCGGAGUUGAUGUGGCUGGCCAGAGAAGGCAUUGUGGCUCCUUUACCUCCAGAGUGGAAACCAUGUCAAGAUAUCACUGGCGACAUCUAUUACUUUAACUUUUCUAAUGGCCAGUCCACAUGGGACCACCCUUGUGAUGAACAUUAUAGAGAACUUGUGAUCCAGGAGCGGGAGAAGCUUUCAGCUCAUGGCAGCAUUAAAAAGAAAGACAAGAAGAAGAAAAAAGACAAGAAGGAGAAGAAAGAGAAGAAGGAGAGAGAGCCAAUGAAACAUGCUGCGGAAAUGCAGCCAGAGCCAGGGAUUCUUCCUUCAACAUCCUUUUAUCGAAUGUCCUCUCCCAUCCUGUCCUCUGAGUGUGCAAGUCCUGAUCUAGAUCAGGAUAGCCAGAUGAGAAACGAGAGCUUUCUUAAGAAAGGUAAAGGAAAGACCUCUGAGAGACCAUCAGAGACAAGUGACUCAAACAGACAGUUUGCAGGGCCUUCCCCAAAUAAACUGCAGCCACUUCUCACAGCAAAGUCCUGCAGAACUCACCAGAUCUUAGCUGAUGUAGAGAAAAUUUUAGGAAGGACGCCAUCUUUUAGCAGAUCGGAUGUAGACCACCAGCAGGCCCAAGACAAGUCCCCCAAAAUUGGAGACAAGCCUUGUCUUGAUUUUUCUGACUCGGAGUCUGAAGGUUUAGAUGUUGUUAGGACAAAGCCCGUUUCCUACGUGGCAAAGAAAUCGUGUUCACAAGACCUUGAGAAUGGGAGAAGUGUCCUUGAUUCCCGCGAGGUCCUGGAGGACCAAGUUACGCUCUUUGUUGAGGAAAAGCUGUCUGACAACCGGAAGAAGGAGGAAAUGACAGGAGAGAGUGUCUGUCAGUCUGAUGAAGGCUUAUCAGUCAGAGAAAGAUCAACAGGGCCUGGUGGUGAUAAGGAAAGAGGCCCAGGUUUCUCACAAGCUGAUGAAAAUGAAGCUUUCUUGACUCCCAGGGCCCCUGACCAUAUUUUUUACAGCAGGAAAUGUGAAAUGAUUCUCUUUGAUGCCAGUCCCCCGGAAGACCUGAGUUUGAUGGAGGAGGGUGAUGUUCACUGUCCCCAACGAGAGCUGAGGGCACACAGCAGAGCGGUUGAGAGCAGAAGGAAGAGAAAACUUCAGGAUCAGGCAUUGAGUCAAGCCACCAAACUUUGCAAGAGCAGUGAGGCUAUCGGCAAGCGUGAGAGAGAGAGCUCAAAGCAGGCAGAGUUUGUUGAAUCUGAAGGAGCAGGCCUACAAGCAGCCCCGCAAAAAGACCGAUUAGACAGCCACCCGGCAGUUCCUGAAAUGACUGCAGAUACCUUACCCUACACCAGAGGGGUGGAAGUUUAUGCUCAAGCAGGAGCUGAUGUUUCUGCGUCAGAGCCUGUUUCUCUCUCUGCUGCACAGCACAGAGACAAGGAGAAGGCAAACGGUUUGGGGACUGAACCUUACAGCAGUGUUGCAAGCAACUCAGCUGAUCAUUUUGCAUCACAGAUUUUGGGAGAGGUUGAUAACUUCUCCUGGGAUCUCCAGAGCUCUCGUGAGUCUGACAGACCAACAGAUCUGCUUGCUGCUGCUGCUGAAGGGCCUCUACCCGCUCACCCUUUCACAGGAACUCUCCAAACUCCGCCACAAAGCUCAGCCAAUGGAAAGUCGCAGAGUGACUGUAACUCUGAGGAUGAGAAGUUCUAUCAGCAUGUGCAGGAAAACGAUCAAGUAACUAGUCAGGAACAUAGUUGUGUCAGUUUUAACAUGAAACUGAAUAGGUCACGUGAUGCCCCUGAGAAGAACAAUGAGGGCAGACAAGAAGAAACAGGAGAAGGAGAGCAAAAGACAGAGCCAGUUCCUAGAGGGCUAGAGGCAGGUGUGUUCACAGAGGGUUUACAGGUUUCUCCUGGUUGGCUUUAUCAGACAGCUGAGUGCCAGGAAAGCAACAGGCUCUGUCGGCAGGUGGAAGGAGAGUUGACCCAGAGCGGAAAAGUGACUGAGGAUUACAGCAAACUGGAGCUUUGUGAAGGAGCAGGCAGUAAUGAGUCUCCAGGUUCCCUGCUAGCACCUGUCCAAGUUCCCCUGGGGAGUCUUGCUCCUUUACGUGGUGUCGUGGAUGGUCCAGCCGGUGCCCUCCGUGGCUCGCUAAGCACCAGUGUGGAGAUCUCCGGGGUACCCAGUCCGCUGCUCAGAGAAGGAACUCUGCCUCCACAGACCCUUAAAUCCACCGGCUGCACUAGGAGCUUGCUGGGAUCCAUGCAUGAGGAAAAAGCCUCCUUAAAUCUCCUAGCUCUAGAUGAAGGGGAAAAUGAAGAGGAAGAGAGCGCGAAUCAGAGUCCCCGAGGGACAGCGAGACUGCUCAAAAAUCUGCACAUGGAUAUUAGCGCCCUAGGAGGCGGCUUCGAGUAUGAGAAGGAGUCCUUGAAAGUGAGUCACGCUGAAGAAAGUCAAACGUUUCCCUUGGAUUCUGAUGGUGUGCGCCCUCUGGCUCCGGACAAACUGCUUGACAGAGAUGCUGACAGCAGCCUGUGUGGUCUGAACAAAGAAGAGUCCAGUGGGAAACCCAUGGGGACUGAACUGUUAGAAAAGGAAGAUACUGAUGUAGAAGAUGCAGUUUCUGUAGCUUAUGAACAGUCAGGAACUCCGGGGGAAAGGACAGCGGAGGGGACACAUGUGGUCAGCGGUCAAGGGCAUCCCAUAGCUGCGUCUCCAGAUGUUAGAGCUGCUGAGACAGAUCAGCUGGAAAGUGUGGCUGUCACCAUUGACACCAUGUCUGUCAGUGAAAAGAUUGUAAAUGGAAUGAGGGAAGAAGCAGCUGAUCUGAAAACCGACAGCAAGCUGGAUGCUGGCAAAGAGUCCGAGGCCAGUGAGCACGUGAAAGAAUUGCAGGUUUCUGACUGUUCGGAUCAUGAGCUGCUUCGUCUGACGAACUUUGGUUUCCAAAGUCGGAUCUCCGAGCAGGUCCUGGAUAUGGGUAUGCUUUCUGCUGCUCUGGACAGUCCCAAGGUUGAGGCCCAGGGGCUGGGAGAAGAGGAAAAGGACCAAAGCAAAGCCAGCUUAGAAGAAGAGCAAAGCAAAAGACCCAAAGUUGCUGAGAGUGAGAGGGACCAGCGCCCCUUCAGUGCUUGCGAAAUGGCCGAAGAGAAGUGUUUGAGUUUAGAGAAUGCCAGCCAGGAAGAGACUGCUGCCCUGGAGCAAAAGGAGGCAUCGCGGGAUAAUCCAGAGGAGGAGGAGCCUACAGCCCCUCACCAGGCACAACUUGGGGAGGAAAUCAAGCAAGUGGUGUCCUUGAACUGGCCUUCUGCAGAAUCCCUGAAGGAAAUAGCCAGGGAGCAGAAGCAGGAGCUGGAGCAAGAAAAAAUGCGUUUACUGCAAGCAAAGGAGGAGAGGGUUCAGCGAUUCCAGGAGGAGUUGAGGCAAGAGGAGGAGGAAGAAGCUCAAGUGCUUCAUCAGCAGAAAGAAAAGUCCCUCCGGUCUCUUAAAGAGGAACUGGCGAAAGCUUCUGAGGAGGAAGAGCUGCGGAUGAGAGAGGAAGAGGUCGAGAAGCUCUCAAAGCUGCGAGCCCAGAUCAGCUCAGAGACCGAGACAGAAAAGGAGAAAAUAAGGGCCGAGCAAGAGGCUGCAUUGCAAAAGCUGAGAGAGGAGUGGGAGUCCUUGCAGAAGGUGGAGAGGGAGAGCUUGGAGGAGAGGAAGAAGCGUGUUUUGGAGAUGCUGAAGGUGGAAGUUGAGGAAACACAGCAGAGAGAAGCGACAGAGCUGGAACAGGAGAAGGAGCAAGUCCUGAAUGAGUUAAAGGAGAGAUUAGAAAGAGAGAGAAAAGAGGCUGCAGAAGUGCUAGAGAAGCAGUUUGCAGCUGAGCUCCAGGAGCUAAAAUCUACAGCAGAAGAGAAACACCAAAAGGUUGUUUCUAGCUUCCGGAAGCAAAUAGCAGAGGCCCAGAGGAGUGAGGAGGCCCAGCUGCGCGAGGAGUUGGAGAGAGCAGAGCAAAAAGUGCAGCAAAAAAUGUAUCGAGUAGCAGAGUUCGAGCGAGAGCUCAGUGAGCUCAUGAAAGAGAAACGCCAGCAAGUGGAGAGAGACCAUGACCGGAAAAUGGAGAGGAUGAAAGAGGAGCAUAAGGAAGUCCUGGCGAGGAUUCAAGAUCAGUACGAGGAGGAGAUCGCUACAACUUUGCUUGCUCUUCUUUCUUGGUUUUGCACCUGGGAGGAGAGAAAGCAAAGAGCCAAGAAGCUCGAGGAGCUGAAAGGGGAGCUGGAGCGCCUGAGACAGCUCCAUGAUGGGGAGCUGAGGGCUUUGCAGAAGCAGCUGGAUGAGCAGCUUAGUGACUUGCGGCAGAGCCACAAGGCGAAGGAACGAAAACUCCAGGAGUUGGAAAUGGAACUCGAAAUACGAGCAACAGAUGCCAGGGCCAGAUGUGCUCAGCUGAAUCACCAGGAAGAGGCCAUGAGAAAGAAAAGGCAGCAGCUUCUGGACGAAGAGAAACAAACUGAGCUGCAGAGAAAUGAAGCUGCUUCGGCUGCUCAGCUCCGCCUAGAGGAGUCUAGAAAAGAGCAUGCUGACCUCGUGGAAUCCAUCCGCCAGUUGCGCAGGACUCUGGAGGAGCUUCAAGACCAGAAGGCUGAGCUGGAGUCCCAAGUGGAUCUGCUGCAGACCCGAAGCCAGAGGCUGCAGAGACGGAUCAGUGAACUAGAGGCUGCAGUCCAGAGCAAACAGGAGACCCUGAAGGAGCUGGUAGCCGAAGACAGCAUGGCAUCUCCCAGAAGGGAAGCUGAGCUCCACCUUGAGGACCUGAGAGAGACGCUUCAAGCUCACUCCUCCAGAGAGCCUGCUUCCUUAACCUCGCACAGCAAUGAGGAUAGUGACCUCCAACUCGAUAAUGUCAGACACUUCAUUUCUGCAGAAGGAGUCUCCAUAAAGAACGCCAAGGAGUUCCUGGUGCGUCAGACUCGCUCCAUGAGGAAAAGGCACACUGCACUGAAAGCUGCAAAGCAGCAGUGGCGUCACAACAUGCAGCAGGCACAGGACGCGGUGCAGGAUCCAGAUAGCUCUCAGCUCCUGGAGGACGUGCGUCGGAACUUGGAGGAGGAGUCAGAGCAGCUGGACAAGAUGAAGUCGGCCAUGCGGAAAGGGCAGGUGCUGCUGAAGAAGAAGGAAGAGAAGCUGAGCCAACUGGAGUCUUCGCUGCUGGAGGAGCUUUCUGAUGAAGAUACACUGAAAGGUGCUGCGUGUAAAAAGGUGGUAACCUUUGACCUUAGCGAUUCCGAAGACACACACAGCCUGAGCAGCACAGAUGUACCUCAGCACAAAUUUGACUUGAAACCAGAUGUCCAGUUCCCCCAGCUCGACAAGAUCCAGCACUUGACCAGCACUCUGCAGCACAUCACCGCUGAGCUGAACGGGGUCCUUGGCACCUUGGGCUCUUUGAACCAUCGGCAGCCUCUGCUCUUCGCUCCUGUGCAGGUGCCGAUGCCUGCUCUGCCCAGUGAUGGGGUUCCUCUUUCCACGUACACCUCUUUGGCAAGAGCCCAGGCUGCUGGCCCCAUCGUGCCACCUGCUGGGAUCCCUUUGGUUAACCAGUGGGCGUGGAGUACCGGUUUGAACUCCAGCCUCUCUUCCACAGCCGGUCAGUCAGUGGACAACAUACUGGCAGAGAAAUGGCGCAAGUAUUUCCCAGGUGGGUUCCCGUCGCUCAGUGGAAGUCCCGCCCCUUUGGACAGCAAUCUAGGUUAUUUACCUGCAGGUGAGCAAAUCCGCCUGUUCCAGCGUUCCCAGCUCCGAGGCCCUGAGACAGACAGUACUAGUGUCCAGGGAAUGAUUGAUGCCAACAAGAAAUGGCUGGAAAAUUUCAAGAAGGAUUCAAAAGUUCCUCUCUUUCCAAGCACACAGAAGCCCUCUGCCAGCGGCCCUGGCCUGGUGCAGCUCGGGCUGGAUGAAAACAACCAGAUUAAAGUGUAUCACUACUAAAAGGUGACGGAGCCCCAGCAGAGAGGGGCAGAGCCUUCCCAGCCCUGUGCCCCAGGAGACAGCCUGACAAAAGAGCAUCAUGGCCGCGCUCUGUUCCCUCUUACAAUACAUUGCGUUGCAGUGGUACCCAGUGGUCUCUCGUCUGUCUUUUUGCUCUGCCCUUGAAAUAAAGUUUCUUUCCAGGAGGAUGGAGGAAGUGGACUUCCCAAGUGAAUUCUUCUAAUCCUGUAAUGUGUCCAAAUAUACUUUACAGACUGCUUAAUCCAGUGCUGAAAUAUCAGGGCUUCAAUAAAUCAACAGUUCCCUCAUUAGUAUUCCAGCAAUCAAUCACCUGAUGGAAAUGUGACUCACCGAGGACUUGGAAUAACUUGUUGCGGGGGAGAAGGUGAAUUCCAACAGGAAACUGUUGCUAGAGGAAAAGAAUGCACUGUGGAUUCACAACAAAGAGGGGUUGCAGGUGACCUCAGACCCAGCCUCUGUGGCACAAACUUGAGCUUGAGAGAAUGAAAAGCAAAUGUCUAUAAUAGUUUUACAUAGAAGAGCACAGUCGAAAGCAAUAUAGUCAGAGCUUCUGGGCACCACAUCCUGACCGAACAGAGUUGGUUUUUGUUUCUUGUUAUAGUCAGGAUUCUUUUUAAUGUCCAAUGUUGAGUUUGUUUCCAGUUGAAAAUGUUUUGUAUUCAGGAGACAGUGGAGGCUAAGCCUCUGGGAAGGGUUUUAACAAACACACUUUGUUUUUGACAGGGCAGAAGCCAUAGGGCCAGACAGGGCCCAGUGGGGAUGGCGUACAGGGCUGAUGCGAUGGAGGAGACCUCCCCACUCCCCCGAACUGUGCGGUUCGAGUCAGGGUGAUUGGAAAAGCCUGUGGUGGGAGUCUGUCUGGAUUCUCUCCCGUCUGGAUUUGCUGAGAGCCAGGCUGGAGGACAUGGUGGGCAGAGGCUGUCGUGAGAGAGUCUCUGGCUGGUCUCCAGCGAUGCACCCAUUGUUACUGGUGUCAGUGGAACUAUAUGAACAGGUGUGGCCUUGAAUAACCACCAAUAAUAGAUAGAGCCCCCGCCAAGCCAAGUCCUCUCACUCCCUGGGGGAGCCCAGCUUCAGACUUGGGCUGGCUUAGGGCCAUUUCCGAUAAGGGCUGAGCUUGACGAUACGCGAGGCAGACUAGGAGCCGGCUCGCUGCUGGGUCUGUAUCUGCUCUGCAGGACUUGUUGGGGAGAGCUGGUUUGGUCAGAGAAAUGGCUCUGACCGGGCCGGAGUGGAGGCUGACAUGUUGGAUAAGGUCGUUUCUGCUUUGCACGGUCGCUUUUCUGACUGCAGCGGCCCGUGCUUUUAAGUUCCUCCGUUUGCCGGGCCCCUCCAGCUGGUUUGAGUAGUGUGGUGCAAGCCAGCGUUGCUCCGGAGAGGCUGCUGUUCUGGGGUGGGAAAGGCACUUCUGUGUCCGAGCACUCGCUCAUGCUGCAGUGCCUGAACCUGAGGAGGCAGAGCAGACGAGCAAUGGGAUUGUACGGCAGGGAGGGUGCCAAGUAUCUGUCAGCUCCCCAACUGGGGGCCAGUCCCAAGGCCACGGAAGUCCAUUGUGAGACGCUUUCCUCAGCAUUGGGCCAGUCCCUUUGAGUGGCUGCAGCUUGAGUCGUUGCCUUGUGGAAAUGAAAACCCCAUUUGGCGUUUGCCUGAAGACAGCCUUUAAAAAAUAUCAUCCUAUCCUGGCCUCAGUUCUGGGUCAGGGCAGCGAGGAGGAAAUGCAGAGGUGGGGGUAGAGGCUGCAUUUCCAGCUGCUGCGUGGUGCUGUGUCAUUAGCCAUCAUUCCUCCAAGCUGGCUUGGGAUAUUUAUGCUUUUUAAACAACAUUUUUCUUUCUGGCAAUUUAUUGUUUGACUAAAAAUCUGCAUUAAAGGGAUGAGAAAUCAUCCUUCAAACAGUUCCUACCAGAGAUGACUGGAAGUUGUAGCUUUCCACCCUUUCAUACUGUUUGCGUUUCUCAGCUUGGAUAGUGAGGAUAGGCUUAAACAGAAAGUGACCUUGUCUGGUUCGUUUUACUUUCUGAUUCUCAUGCACUAGCACCUGGUUGCAAAUGCUUCAGGGACGUGUUUACACGCAAACCGAAAAAUGUUUACUUAAAUUUUUAAACAAGAGAAAAUGUCUUUUUACAUUUUAUAACUUUUUAAAUAAUACCCAACUUUUUUAAUGUGAGCUACCUGACUUUGUUCUCCUUAAACAAGGCCUUGGACUGGUUCUGCAGACAGAUCCAGGGGGGUGGAUUUGUGUUCACAGGGUCUGGCACUAGCAUCUCUUACCCCUUUCCUUGCUGGUAAACUGAGGGCAGGUGACUCCCAGAAGCACUGCUGAUAUAACACAGCAUGCUGAUUGAUGUCCUUGCCUAAGGAAAGAAACCCUAGGGCACACUUAACAGUACGGACUGACCGAGAGGCCUUGAGUGACCACUGAGAACCGCCGCCAGGAAAGAAUGGAUCGUUAUGUAGGUUUCCUGCUCGCUGUACCAGAUCACACAAAUCCUUGCCUACGGGGAUUUUGCUUUUAGUCUCUCUCAGCUAUUGAGAAAACCACAUGGCAGCCCUCAGCUAUUUUUAUUAACAGCCUCACUUGUCCUGGCAUUCCCCAGCACUGAACCCCUCUGCAGUCAUUUGUACAUUAUACCCAAAGCACACGCAGCAGAAGACAUGGAAUUAUACCUGUGCGUUCUAGAGAGUGUAUAUUCUUUGUGUGGGUAAAAGACUAUUUUAGUAACCAAAUUACUGUGUUUCUGUCGCAGGUCUCUUUUCCCCCUUGCCCCUUGUGACGCUUUAAGCUGUAUCCUGUUUUGUAUGCAAAUUAAAUUGACACAGAUCUAUUUUGUACAAUG